AUGAUUAACCGCGACCGCCUAGUUAAGACAUUCACGGACCUAGUGCAGAUUGACAGUCCUUCCGGAGAGGAAGAGGCGAUGGCAGAAGAGUUGACACGCCGUCUCGAAGGCUUCGGACUGACGGUCAAGCGCGACUCUUAUGGCAAUCUUGUAGCCAGUGACGGCAGGCCGGAUCCGCUGUUGCUUUCGGCGCACAUGGACACGGUUGAGCCGGGACGCGGCGUCAAGCCCAAGAUUGACGGCGAUCGCAUCGAAUCCGACGGCACAACGAUACUAGGCGGAGACUGCAAGUGCGGCGUAUCAGCCAUCCUUGAGGCCCUCGAGUCGGUGUACGAAGACGACGUACCGCACAUUGGCAUUGAGGUCGCUUUCACUCGCGAAGAAGAAAUUGGGCUAGUUGGGGCACGAAAUCUCGAUUUCACCAUGCUCACAGCCAAGGAAGCCAUUGUGUUCGACGGCGAAGGAUCUGCCGCGCAGAUUACAUCUUCAAGCCCUACAUACAUCGGCUUCGAUAUCGAGGUGACGGGCCGUGCGGCACACGCGGGAGUUGAGCCGGAGAAGGGUUUAUCGGCUAUCCGCAUCGCAGCUGAGCUGAUUACGCGAUUGCCGCAGGGGCGCCUCGACGAAGAAACGACCUUCAACAUCGGAACGAUUGAGGGCGGGUCGGUGCGGAAUACGGUGGCUGAGACGACAAUCAUCCACGGCGAGUUCAGAAGUCGCAACAUCGAGACACUAGACGGCCUCCGUGUGCAAGUCUCGGAGGCGCUGGACGAGGUCCGAGAGAUGUUUCCGGAGGCUGAACUGGAUGACCACCUUCACACGGAGUUCGAGACAUACACGCUGAGCGACGACGACGCAGCAACGUCGCGCGUUGUGAGCGCACUAGAGGGACUUGGGCUUGAGCCUAUGUUCCAACCAUCCGGCGGCGGCACUGACGGCAAUGUAUUCCGGCUGAGGGGCAUGAGCGCGGUUGUCGUAGGGAUGGCAGACCACGGCAUGCACACCGUCAGAGAGUAUGUAGUCAUACCUGAAUUGGUGGACACCGCUCACCUGUGCGAAGCCCUGUUACGACAGCAGGACAGCUAG